UCAGAAGACUAUUCCACUGGGCCACAACGCUCCACAUGUUAUUAUUUCGAUGUUAUGACGACGUGAUCAUAGUGCAACUCUUCGUAGAGCUCAGUUUGGUUUGAACCAAGUUCAACCAACAUCAUCGACGUUGGCCUCUGUUAAAAUUGCCUUCGUACUUUGCCCCUUGGCUUUGCCCUUGAAAAGGGGCUUUUAAUUUAGCAAAUCGCGAUAACAUUAUCGUGAAUAUAAACAAGGAAGAAUGUGCCCGGUUCCCUGUAUACGUACAAGAAUCACUGAACAAGUUUAUUACUUACUGACAGGGACUGACAUGAGCUACAUAGCGACCAUUCGAAUCUCUUAUCAUGUUGUCGAACCGACUGUUCUUGUAUGGAACAAUUAAAUCAGACCAACCCAAUCAUUCGUUUAUUCCAAAGGAAGAUCCACAACGCUGUCGAUUUCUUGGCAAGGGAAAGACCGAGACAAAAUGGCCGCUGGUGAUCGCAACAAAAUACAAUUUUCCAUUUCUCUUGGACCGUGAAGGGGAAGGAUACAACGUCGAAGGCGAGGUGUAUGAGAUGGAUGAUGGUCUCCUUUCCUACAUCGACGAAAAAGAAGGUUAUCCAGAUCACUACGAUCGUCGUCAGGUCAACAUCGUCAUGGACAAGAUGACGAAUGACACCGAGCCAAAGACAUUGAGGUGUUGGUUUUAUCUCUUACCUAGGUUUAGCCCAUCUGUGUUGGCUCUCGAAAAAUACAAGAGUUACAACAGCUAUGGCGCCCACGGCAAGCAAUGCAUCGAGGUAUACGACCACAAGAGAAAUGAAUGGGUAGAGCCCAUUGAGAAAGUGCAUAGAGAGAUUGCACGUUUACAAGGAAUUGAUGAAAAAUGCAACUAAAGUCAUUUGGCCGACAAUUCAUUUUCUGGUUGUUUAGGCACUGUGGUUAUUCAAUCAUAUUGAUGUUUUAUAGCAUCUUAAUGCACACUGUACUAGCUCUUUAUCAGGGGACACGUCACAUUAUGGACUUCAUGCCAUCAUAGUGAGAAAAUAGCUGGAUUUUACUUAAGAUGUUUACCUGAAAUAAACUUUGUGAAAUUUAGAUUGUUGGGAAAAGUUUGGUAUUAAAUUAAAAA